AAAGCUACCAUUUAGGCAUCAUGCUGGUGUAACCUAACUUUAACUUUGGAAAUGUCAAUAAAGAUAAAGGCAAAGGGAACAAUGAAGGCAACAAAAAAUUUUUUUCUCCUCACGGUUGUUGGUUCUCAUUCGGGAAUUGAAUUGAAGUCAAAAAAAUUUUCCAUCUCCACUUACAAUAAAAUCUAUAAUCAACACCUUCCUUCCUUCUUUUCCUUCCUUUGAGUCUUUGCUAUUAUUCCAACAAACAGCUUUCCAACGCGCACGCGUGUGUAUUAACGACCUACAAUAUUCAUUGCUUAUUGAACGACAGAUAAUAUGCCAAGCAGUACGGAACAUCCUCACUUACAGCUCUGUGUUAAUGAUUUGCUUCAUCCUACUGAGAAAUCGGAAACAUUGCUCGAAGCACUCACAGCUACACAACUUGAAGAAAUUGAAAAGACAUUGAAUAAAAUAAAGAUUAAAAAGCAAUCAUCCUCUUCCGCACCAACUACGCCGGCUACGUCAACCACUCCGGCUGCCACACCUACUUCUUUACAUCAUGAUUGGGCUUUAGUCGCAGCACAGAUAGCAAAGGCUCUAGCAGACACAAUCGCUUCUUCAGCUGCAGCACAGACAUCCAAAUCAAAAGCAACUAAGCCACCACCUCCAUCACCAUUAUCAGUAAAUGCAGCACCCGGAGCACUUUCCGAUAAGUGUCUCUCACCUAGUAUGUCAGUCUCUCCUUCAAUUUCUUCUACAACAGAUACUAUGACCACUUCUAAUCAUCCAACGGAUGAUGUAACGACACCAGCAGCAGUAACAGAAGACACCAUUGCUCCCGCUACUACUACUACUACCACUACUACUAUAACUUCUACUGAUAGUAGUACUACAGCUACGCCCACUCCCACGUCAAUAACAAGCCAUGAGCCCCGUACCGAAAUUCGUGAUGGUAUCGAAUGGGUUAGCUUUGUUUAUUCUCACCACAGAGUUUUGCGUCGUUAUUCUAUUCGUACAGAUAUCGAAAAAGUCGAUCUUAGCCUUCUAGACGAAUCUUUCAAGAACGAGAACUGCGUGUACCCACGUGCAAACCUUCCUCGUGAAGAAUACAAGGGAAACCGCUGGGCAUACGAAACUGAAUGCAACACACUCGGCUGGAAAUUAGCUUACCUCAAUGCAUCCGAAAUUGCCGGCAAAAGAGGCUUGAUACAACGUGCAGUUGAUUCUUACCGUAACAGAUAUCCUAGCAUGCGUUCUCGCCGCGUCGCUCGUCAAGAGAAGCUACUCAAGGGUACACUCCGUAAACGCAAGCAACGAGACUCUGAAGAACCUGAAGAGGAAGAACGUUGCACGAGCAGCAAAAAGUCAGAAACUGAUUUACCUAAAACGGUAUCCAUUGACGACUGUGACGGUCGAUCCAAGUGCCGCAUUCGAAUCAAUGUCGAUACAGUUUCGUUGGAUUCCAUUGAUGCAGAAUUUCGCAAGGCUAACUGCGUCUAUCCUCGGGCAAUGGAAAUCAAUACGAACUCCCCCUUUGCUUCACAACGUCAACUUGAGGAAGCACGGUGCAAUGAACUUGCUUGGAAACUUGCUUGGUUGAACCCAAAACAGUUGGCUAAUCGCAAGAGUUUGCUUCAGCGCGUCCUUGAUGUGUACCGCUCUAAAUUUAUGCCUGAAUUAAAUCCUCGCCGCAGAACUUCGAUCAGUAUGGACACAUCACCACUCACAGCGGACGCACUCGCCUCUAGAAGCCAUAAGGCGACUCGACGCAAGUCCCAUGAUGAUAAUGAAUCGCUUCAUAGUGGCACAACUGAUUCUGCAGAUGAUGGUAUUUCGCCAACAAGUAUGGAUAGGAGAUGCGCUUCUGCAAGGACCGUUUCACUGAACGAUCUCAUGCUACCUGGACCUACUACCGCUACAUGUCCAACUGGAUUGAUAUUUGAAGCACAGUCUAUGUUUGAGUCUCCCGCUGGCGGAAACGAUUCUUGUGGUCUUAGUAUCAGUAGCAGUGACAGCAGCAAUGAAUCCAAUGCCUUUUCACCUGAAAAGGAUCUGUUUGGCUGUGACGAUAGCUUAUUCAAAGAUGCCUCUUCUAUGUUUGACAUGUAUACUGACCCUUCUGCUAUAUGUGAGUCCGAGCAAAAUGAUUUCAUCAAAGCUGAAGAAGACCACAUCAUGACGGACUCGUUUAUCAGUCAACAUUUUCACGUCUAAUUUUUUUUCCUUCACAACCGUCACCUGUAUAUAUAUAUUUAUAUACUUAUACCACUUAUCCUUCCCUUUCCUUCUACUUCCUCAAUUCUUGUAUAUUAGUUAAUAUUUAUUUUCUUAAAAACAUCCACCCUU